AUGGGCAGAUGCUGCAAAUGCAACGGGAGACUGCUGUGCAUGUGCUUGCUGCCCUGCAUGAUGACUGGCCACCUCAUCAUCUACAUCUUGGUCUCCAUCUUUGUCACCAUCUCCUACACUCCACCGAAGAUUACCCUGCACUAUAUUGCACCGGGGAUAUCCCCAAACUCGAGUGCCCUGGCCUCUCACCCGCUCAACCCUUUUUGGAAGCUCGGCGUGGACGACACGGCUCUUUGGAACCAACUUCAGCACACCUGGGAUCGGCACUACAGUCCCAUCCUGCGCGGUAACGGCAGUGUGUUGGCGAGGAACGCCAAGGUUAAGGUGCCCUCGCAUACUGAGGAGAAAUGUGGGUCUGACUGCACAUGUUCAACUCCACCUGUGCAAGAUCUCAGUAGCUUUCCGGAACAAAUGAGGACAUUUAUCCGGUCGAUGCACUGCAGGGAGUAUCCUCUUCUCAUCAACCAGCCUGACCUGUGCACCAGGAACCGCAGUAGAUAUGGAGGGGAUCAUCCCAUGCUCCUGAUGGCAGUGAAAUCUCAGCUGGGGAACUUUGAGAACAGACAAGCCAUCCGUGAAACAUGGGGGCGCAGUGGUUUGGUGAAGACAGACACCCUCAGAAGAGGAGCUUUGGUGCGGACUGUGUUUUUACUUGGAAGACAGGACUCCAGUUUGGGUCCCCACCCUGACCUCAUGAAUCUCCUGGAGCUGGAAAACCAGAAGUACGGGGACAUCCUCCAGUGGGACUUUGAGGACUCCUUCUUUAACCUUACCCUCAAAGACCUCUCAUUUUGGCAGUGGUUCCACCAACACUGCAGCAAAGCGGUCUUCAUCUUCAAAGGCGAUGACGACGUCUUAGUUCGGACUGGUGCCCUGCUGGAUUACCUGAACAAGAGGUGGCAGGAGUACCAACUCACCAGUGGCUUCAUUAAUAACACUGGCUUGGAUUUGUUUGUGGGGGACCUGAUCAAUAACGCCAUGCCGAACCGUGACCCCUCCACUAAGUACUAUAUACCGGAGCAGUUCUACAGGGGUACUUACCCUCCAUACGCAGGUGGAGGAGGGGUAGUCUACUCCGGCUCGCUUGCCUUGCGACUUAAGGAAGUGUCGGAGAGGGUCCGACUUUUCCCAAUCGAUGACGUCUAUCUGGGGAUGUGCCUGUACCGACUGGGACUGUCUCCUAAAGAUCAUGAGGGUUUUUACACCUUUGACCUCCCACAGACACUGAGGGGGAACCCCUGCGCCUACAGGGGGGCGCUGCUUGUUCAUAGACGGGGUCCGAAGGAGAUAUUACGCUUAUGGAAGCAGCUCCAGAAUCUGGCUGGCCAAUGCUGA